GGCUCCCGGACUCGGCCACCGCCUCGCCGCUUCCGCCUCUCAGAAGCAUGGCGGCCAUGCAGCCCGGCUCGGAUUGGACGUUGGCGGUCGACGCCAAACAAAUGGCAACGCGAUUGGCUGCUGCGGGGUGAUGACGUCAGGGGGCGGUGUCCGGGCCGGGAAUGGGGGCAGCAUGAGGCCGCGCGGCUUUUUGGGCGCCCGACAGUGGCUGAGUCGAGCCAUGAGCCGAUGCGUUUUGGAGCCUCGGCCCCCGGGGAAGCGGUGGAUGGUGGCUGGCCUGGGGAAUCCCGGACUGCCCGGCACGCGACACAGCGUAGGCAUGGCGGUGCUGGGGCAGCUGGCGCGGCGGCUGGGUGUGGCGGAGAGUUGGACGCGCGACCGGCACUGUGCCGCCGACCUCGCCCUGGCCCCGCUGGGGGAUGCCCAACUGGUCCUGCUCCGGCCACGGCGGCUUAUGAACGCCAACGGGCGCAGCGUGGCCCGGGCUGCGGAGCUGUUUGGGCUGACUGCCGAGGAAGUCUACCUGGUGCAUGAUGAGCUGGACAAGCCCCUGGGGAGACUGGCUCUGAAGCUGGGGGGCAGUGCCAGGGGCCACAAUGGAGUCCGUUCCUGCAUUAGCUGCCUCAACUCCAAUGCAAUGCCAAGGCUGCGGGUGGGCAUCGGGCGCCCGACACACCCUGAGGCGGUACAGGCCCAUGUGCUGGGCUGCUUCUCCCCUGCUGAGCAGGAGCUGCUGCCUCUGUUGCUGGAUCGAGCCACCGACCUGAUCUUGGACCACAUUCGUGAGCGAAGCCAGGGGCCCUCAUUGGGGCCGUGACACCAGUGGCCAUGGCUGCCCGCCUGACUGUAGUACCCACCAACCCAGCCAGGGCCACAGAGCUGCCAUGCCAGCCUUGGUAUCUACUUUUUAUACAACUGUCCUGUAGACUGUUGCAGGCUGCCUGCGGAUUAAAGUGGGGGUGACUGUGACUGGACCAGUCCAUUUCUGAAGUAGGUUCUUCUCUCUGUGUCCUAUUUGGAAGGUAGGAGAACUUCAGGAAGACUAAACGUUUUGAGCCUUUUUAGAGAAGCAGGGGCACGCAUCUGUAAGAUUAAAGAUGCUGGCUUGGAGGCCUGGCACAGUGGCUCACGCCUGUAAUCCCAGCACUUUGGGAGGCCAAAGCUGGGGGAUUGCUUGACUUCAGGAGUUCGAGACCAGCCUGGCCAACAUGGUGAAACCCCAUCUCUACUAAAAAUACAAAAAUUAGCCGGGC